GAGCCCAUCAGCCAGCAUCCAAGCUUUCACACUCUCGCAUCACAGUGUGCAACUGGGGAAGGAGGAAGAAGAUGGGUCCUACUCCACAGAAAGCCAGAAAUUGUGAUUCAGCUUCGGUAUCAAACCAUCUAUUAGUGAAUGGAGAUGCUAAUGUGACAAAGGAAACUCAGGACAUGGGUCCUGAGAACAACCUCUGCAGGCAGUACGAGGAGAAGGUGCGUCCUUGCAUCGACCUCAUCGACUCCCUGAGGGCCCUGGGUGUGGAGAAGGACCUGGCCCUGCCUGCCAUUGCUGUCAUCGGGGACCAGAGCUCGGGCAAGAGCUCCGUGCUGGAAGCUCUGUCGGGAGUCGCUCUGCCCAGGGGCAGUGGCAUUGUCACCAGGUGCCCUCUGGUGCUGAAACUGAAGAAGCUGCGGCAGGAGGAGGAGUGGACAGGCAAAGUCAUCUACCGGGACAUCGAGGAGGAGCUCAGUGAUCCUUCCCAGGUCGAAAGAGAAGUCAACAAAGCCCAGAAUGUCAUCGCGGGGGAAGGACUGGGGAUCAGUGAAGAGCUCAUAAGUCUGGAGAUCAGCUCCCCACACGUCCCGGAUCUGACUUUGAUCGACCUUCCCGGCAUCACCAGGGUGGCUGUGGGCAAUCAGCCUGCUGACAUCGGACGCCAGAUCAAGCGACUCAUUAGGACAUACAUCCAAAAGCAGGAGACCAUCAACUUGGUGGUGGUCCCCAGUAACGUGGACAUUGCCACCACAGAGGCGCUGAGCAUGGCACAGGAGGUUGACCCAGAAGGAGACAGGACCAUAGGUAUCUUGACAAAGCCUGAUCUGGUGGACAAAGGCACCGAAGAUGAGGUUGUUAACGUGGUGAGGAAUCUCGUGUACCACCUGAAGAAGGGCUACAUGAUCGUCAAGUGCCGGGGCCAGCAGGACAUCCAGGAGCAGAUGAGCCUGACACAGGCCCUACAGAAUGAGCGUUCCUUCUUUGAGGACCACCCACAUUUCAGGGCUCUGCUGGAAGAUGGGAAAGCCACGGUGCCCUGCCUGGCAGAGAGACUGACCUCCGAGCUCAUCAAGCACAUCUGCAAAUCUCUGCCACUAUUGGAAAAUCAAAUAAAGGAGAGUCACCAGAAAGUAACAGCAGAUUUACAAAUCUGUGGCAUGGGUGUACCAGAAGAUGAUAACGAGAAAACAUCCUUUCUGAUAGACAAAAUUAAUGCAUUCAAUCAGGACAUCACUGCUUUAGUACAAGCACAGGAGACCGUGGAGGUGUUAGAGACCCGGCUAUUUACCAAACUCCGAAAUGAGUUCUUCAAUUGGAAUACUGAGAUUGAGAAACAUUUCAAAAUAGGUUCUGAUGUUUUAUUUGGUGAAAUGAAGAGAUUUGAAAACCAGUAUCGUGGCAGGGAGCUGCCAGGAUUUGUGAAUUACAGGACAUUUGAGACGAUCAUAAAAGAGCAAGUGAGAGCCCUGGAAGAGCCCGCUGUGGACCUGCUACAUAGGGUCACUGACAUGGUUCGAGUUGCCUUCACAAAUGUUUCUGCAAAAUAUUUUCAGGAGUUUUUUAACCUCCACAAAACUGCCAAGAAUAGAAUUGAAGACAUUAGAUUAGACCAAGAAAAAGAAGCUGAGAAGUUGAUCCGACUUUACUUCCAGAUGGAGCAGAUCGUCUAUUGCCAGGACCAAGUGUACAGAGUUGUGUUGCAGAAUGUCAGAGAGAGGGAAGCAGAAGAAGAGAAAAAAAAAUACACUUUUUCCGUCCUUCCUUCAAAGGACAUUUCCAUGGCUGAAAUCUUGCAGCACCUGAAAGCCUACCACCAGGAGGCCAGAAGGAGCAUCAGCAGACAAGUCCCUUUGAUGAUCCAGUACUUCGUCCUGCAGACAUUCGGCCAGCGGCUGCAGAAGGCCAUGCUUCAGCUCUUGCAGGACAAGGAGUCCUGCAGCUGGCUCCUGAAGGAGCGCAGUGACACUAGCGAGAAGAGGAAGUUCCUGAAGCAGCGGCUGGAGCGGCUGGUACGGGCUCGGCACAGGCUUGCCAAAUUCCCUGGUUAAUUGGGCUCUGUCCCUCCCCAGAGCUCCAGGGGAAGCAGGCUGCACCCCUGUCCCAAUGGCGGCACCAUGAUUCUUUAGUUGUAAGCUUAGUGGUCAGACCAUAGAGAUCUCUAUGUGCCCUGAGGAGAUGAAGGUCAGGGAGGAGCCAUGGGGACUACCUUCACUCCAGCAGGGAGACAGUAGCCCUUUAAAGCACAGGAUGCAGAGUGGGGAGACUGCCACUGUCUUAAUGGGAAUAGCGACCUCCCUGACCUGCUCACUUUCUUUGUCACAAGGCCACCCAGGUUCCACACUCUGGCAGGUUCAUUACUGGUGGUGUAAUAUCCUUUGGAACCAGUGUUAAGGAGCAGCCAGGCCUUGCUGGAUGCCCGUGAUGGCCAUGUCUCCUCUGACCCUAAUAAACCCUGUAUCU